CACACACACACACACACACUGUUCAGUGGUCCAAUCAGAGCUUUAUUAUAGGCGGUUUACGAUGAAAGCGUCAUCGUUUGUGGGCGGGGUUUCGGGACAACCUGCAAAACACAUAGGCAGGUUUGUACCGGUCAGUUCAGCUCGCGGAUGCAGGAGACACAGGAAACGCGCGCGCUGUCCACACCGGACCGAGAUUAAAGUAGAAGGUUGAUUUAUUUUCCUUCACGCGGACGCGGAGGUGUGACUGCGGGAUGUGCGCGCGAGUCUGUUGUGCGCGGGAUCACGUGUGCACGCGGGAGAAAAACACUGAUCCACCUCCAUGUCACCGCACCGGCUUUGGUGAGCUUUAAUGUGCGACACUUUUAUAUAAUGAUCCAGUUCAGUCUGAUGUAAACCGAGUAAGAGCUUUCUGAAAUGGUAAAAAAAUAAAUAAAUAAAUCUGCACGUGUAGGUAAAUAUGAGUGCUGGCAGUUUUGUAGCACGAGGAGCUUUAUAAGAAAAUAAAGCAACAAACCAUGAUGUAAGAAAACACGAGCAAUGAAGCAGAGAAGGAUCUCGCACCUUUGGCUUUGGUGUCCAUUACGACUUCCACUUUUCUCUCCUUCUGACCUUCUGACGAUCAAACCGCUGCGGACUCGUCUUCAUCUUCGACUCUGAGGCCUUUCGCUCGUUUCUCCACGUGCGCUCCGUAAACACGGCAUGGGGAACGGAUUGUCCACGGUGGGACCGUUCCAGUCGCUACACGUGGUGAUGCUCGGGCUGGACUCGGCAGGAAAGACCACGGUUCUGUACCGCCUCAAGUUCGACGAGUUCGUGAACACGGUUCCGACCAUCGGCUUUAACGCCGAGCGCGUACGUGUGAACAACGGCGCCGCGCGGGGGAUCAGCUGCCACGUGUGGGACGUGGGCGGCCAGGAGAAGCUGCGUCCGCUCUGGAAGUCGUACAGCCGCUGCACGGACGGCAUCGUGUACGUGGUGGACUCGGUGGACGCCGAGCGGCUGGACGAAGCCAAGGCUGAGCUUCACAAGGUGGCACGACUCACCGAGAACCAGGGAGCGCCUCUGCUCGUCAUCGCCAACAAGCAGGACCUGCCCGGCUCCCUGCCUGCCGCCGACAUCGAGAAGAGGCUGGGGCUGCGAGAGCUCGGACCCUCCACCGCGUACCACGUGCAGCCCGCCUGCGCCAUCAUCGGUGAGGGGCUGCACGAGGGCAUGGACAAGCUGUACGACAUGAUCGCCAAGCGCAGGAAGGCUCUGAAACAGAAGAAAAAACGAUAAACCCCUUUCACAUUUACUUUCAUAUCUGACUGCAGUUUUUUAAUAUAUACUUGCAUCUAUAAAUGUAAGCGUGUUUAUAUAUAACUAACCAAAUAAGAGCUUCACAUAGGAUUCAUUUCAGGUGCAAAAAAACAACAGCUGCUGCUGGAAUUCUGCUGUGUAAGAAAGAUAACGCAUGAUAACGUCUUAUUACGAUUCAUAAAUCACAUACUAACGUAAACAAACCAAACCGAAUUUGCACAUGCCAAAAAAAAUCACAGUGAAGAAGACGAAAAAAGCGAAGAUGAUAAUCCAGGGAAUUGAACGGAUUGUGAUGACAGGAUUCUGGAAAAGUACAGAAUAUAAAAGCACUCGGUUCCAGACCUGACCUUCAGAAUCGCUCGUCAAAGUCCCCAAGACGCUGAGAUUAUAAUUCUUCAACGUUAUAAUGAUAUUAAAGGGCGGGGCAAUAAGGGCGGGGCAGUACGACUAUAUAAUACCGCUAUUGUGAUAGCGAUGUCACGACACGCCUUUUUCCCAGAGAUGUCGCGUGUAACAGAUAGAAAUUUCGAGGAGGUGUUAAAUUUGUACUUUUUAAAUUUGUAUCUUUAAAACCCUGUAAACAUUUGAUAAGAGUUUUUAUAUCUUCCCCUUCAUUUUUAGGUGGUUUUUUUUUUUUCGUAUCGUUUUUGUAGGACAUCAAAUUAAAGGACUUCACGUGUGUUCUCUUCAUGAAAAGUUCAGGAAUUAAAAAAACAAACAAACAAACAAAAAAGACCUUCAAGAAGC